AUGACUUUUCGUUUCAAAUACACAGACUUAGACUUGUGUGAACGCCUGUUCUGUUGCUUCCGUAGUUCCGACGUCGGCGACAAUCCACAGAUCCGUUAUGAAUCCUACUCGGAACAUGGCGGUGGUGGGGGACCCGUAGAUUUAGAGACUCGUAGACGAUUACAAGUAGAAGCUAUUGAACGCCGAUUAGCUGAAAGUGAAUCACGUGGGAUUGGAGAUCUUGCAAAAGUUAGAAGAAAACAAGAACGUAUUGAAGAGUUAGAAAAGAAACAAUAUAGUGAUAAACCAUCAGAUAAUACAUUACGAUGGAAUGUCAGUUAGUUGGACUGUGUAAAAAUAUAUUAUUCACCUCGUUUCUCUCUAAAUUCUUUUUUGGUGGAUUCUACGCGCAUAUCAAAAGUAUUGUCAGAUUCUCUAGAAUAACGUACUGAAGGUUGUCUUGGCUUCUCAAACGUGUAACUCCGUAUACUUACAUAACUGGGUUUUACCUAUUAAUUUGAGAAUUCAAGUUGAUUUCGCCCAUUUUGAUUCAUUUGACGAACUAGUAUCGAAAAAGCCUUUACACAAAAAGUCUAUAUGAAACUUUAUUGAACUUAUAAGUAGGUACUAUGAUUUUCCAACUGUGUUGCUCUCUACCUUUGUUUUACGAUUUAAAAGUAUUUCGUAUUAAGAAUUAU